UUUGAUGCGAGAUGAGGCGGCUGUGUCGUAUUCGUGGGUGCUGCAGGGAUUGAGAGAUAUUUUCGGCACUGCUCAGACUCCUAGCGUCAUUGUAACCGAUCGAGACGAAGGUUUAUCUGCAGCUAUUCGUGACGUCUUCCCAGAUGUGCGGCAUUUGUUAUGCAUCUGGCAUAUUGGCAACGACGUUGAGAACAUGGUGGACAAGUUGUGUGGCGGCAAGAAAAAUCAACAAGGGCAGGUAUUCAGGAAAAGUAGAUGGAACCCCUUGGUUGAAAGUUCUACGAUCGAGGAAUAUGAAGAUAAAUGGCAAGUGAUCGUCAGAGACGAAACCGAUGAAGAAGUACGAUACCCGAACGCCAAUGACAAAGAGUACUUUCAAUCUCUGGUCGAUGAAGUCCUCAAAUCUGAUCCCGCUGUUGUUCGCCGAAUGUCUCAGUUACUUGAAUAUGAACUACACCCAGAUGGCGCGGAAAUACCUGAGCCUUACGCUAGUCCACCGAGAAAGGGAAGACCAAGCACAAGUAAAAACAUGAGAAGGAGAAAAAGUUCAUUUGAAUAUAGCAGAUCAUCUUCUCGCGGUCGAGGGUCUACAUCUUCUUCCCGCGGGAGAUCUAGUGGCAGAUCUAGUGGUCGAGAGACGCAAUCCUCAGUAGGAAUUAAGUUCAGUUUCAACUUAUCCGAUGAUCCUGGAGGUCGAGAUUUUUCACACUUUCCAUGGCCUAAUAACAUCCCAUUUAUCCUUCCUCCUUACUUAGCGCAAUACCUAACUUUGUAUCUAUCCCAGGAGUCACUAGACGAUUCUAUAUUCAGAAUAGGUUCACACGCAAACGAACCUGCUCCUUUCAUGCACUGGAUGUAUGCACCGAUGGCUUUGUACUCUGCAGCAACAUUUCUAAACAUUGCCAUUGCUUAUUAUGUUUCUGCUGACUGUAAUCCGCAAUACAACUGUUUGAUUCUCCCGUUAAGGAAAGCAUCGGGCUACGAGGAUUAUGCUCUGGAAUAA